AUGAUAUUUUCUAUAAAUACCUUCAGGAUUGAAGAUUCCUACAAAAAUGGUCCUUCAAGUCGUUUGCCUUCUAUUUCAAAUACAGGAACUACGUGCAGUAAAAAGGCAUCCAACAUGGUCCAAGUCAAGGAACAGCCUGAUUCUCUAAAACUGGAUGAUCAUCUAUCAGGCCGGAGUUUUGGCAGUAAGAAACCUAAAUCUGCUGAGGAUGAGGGUCCUUCUUUGUUGGAGUUAAGUGGUUAUAACCUGAAAAGACAAGAAUUUGAAAUUGAAUAUGAUAAUGAUGUUGAGCAGUUGCUGGCUGAUAUGGAAUUUAAGGAAACUGACACCCAAGAAGAGCGUGAGUUGAAAUUACGUGUGCUCCGUAUAUAUUCAAAGAGACUCGAUGAGAGGAAACGCAGGAAAGAUUUCAUUCUCGAAAGGAAUUUGCUCUAUCCUAGUCCAUUUGAGGAGCAAUUAUCUCAAGAAGAAAAGGAUUUAUGUCGACAAUAUGAUGUCUACAUGUGUUUUCAUUCUAAGGAGGAGCAUGAAGAAUUACUUAAUACUGUUGUAUCAGAACAUAGGAUUCUAAAGAGAAUUCAUGAACUUAAGGAGAAACAGCUGUGCCGUGAGAUCAGGUUACCGGCCCCUCAUUAUCUCAGAAUGCUGGAGUUCAUGACAAUACAAAUGAUGAGCGGCAAUAUUAAUCAGAAAUCCCAUGCCUAUUCCUUCUUCCAAAUUGAGCCUACAAAAAUAGAUAGGGUUUAUGAUAUGCUUUUGGAAAAGGGAAUGGUUCAACAGUAA